AUGAGUAAUCGGAAAAAUACUAAUAAGAAUGAAUAUUAUAUGAAAAAGACUAGAAGCGGAAAGCCCGGCAGAAAACAAGAGGUGGAUGCACCCGAAGGUCAUAAAGAAAUCUUUAAGAAUUCUUUAGUAAGAAUGUUUUUGGUAUUUAUAAUUCUAGCAAUACAAAAUAUUUGUGCAAUAGUAGAAGCCAAUGCAGUAGAGGAUAUACUGAAAACAGUUUUAUUCGAGGAGAAUGGAAUAAGCUGGACAGUUAAACUAAGAGGGGCACUUUGCCCAAUUAUGCUAUAUGUAUGCGAUAAAAACAAUCAUAUUUAUAAUAUUCGGUUCAACUCUUCAGAAAUAGAUGCAUACUAUAUUAUGUCAGACAAGACAAAUAAUAACCAAUACACAAGAGACCCAAGCAAAGACACUGUGCAUAAAAAGGAUAUAAAUGGUGACGUAUUAAGAGCAUUUGAUAUAGACUAUUACACUACACUCAUUAGCAUGUUUCCCUCACCUAAGCAAAAAAUAAGUAUCUUUCCAGAAGAAGAUUGUAAAGACUCAUUUACUCUUUUUUUGAAGAGCGAACCUGUGAAGAAGCACGCCCAUAUGAUUCUUGCGUCGCUCUUGCUGCUCUCGGAGGGGAUAAAAGUGCCGCUGUUCUUCGAUAAGACGCCAGGCUCAUCCCAAAGGCUUGUACUAAAGAAGGUAGGUCAAGAGAAAAGAAAAGAAGAAGAGCACUUUUCUCUUGAAAUGGUUAUUUCUAUGCCGCAGAUAGAAAAAGAUAAUGGUUGUGAUGGGCAGAAAUUGGAUACUUAUCAAAAGAAGGCAGUAGAGGUUAUUGAGUUUUUUAUUCAUUAUGCUAAUGAUUAUUGUAAGGUGAAAUAUUCUUGGCCGGGUAUGAAGCCCACCGCUGCUGUAUCGGGUCCUUUUCAAUUUUAUGAAAGAAUAGAAUGGCUAGAUCGUCUUAUGAAAACCCCAUACUGGCUUAUACAGACGUAUAUACAUUUCUUUCUAGAAACUGUAGAAGAAGCAAACAGCUUUAAUAGAACAGUAUAUUUAAUGCUGGAUGAGCACAUAAUAGAAAGUAGAAGAAAUAAUCUGGUGUUAGAAGAAGAAAAGGAAAGAAGACUCUUCGAUGAUCUCUUUUCUAAUGACCAUAAUGAGCUUAAAGAAAUGCUUAGAUAUUGGGAGAAAAUACAAAAACUGAAGAGUUUGGUAAAGCCCCCUGAAAAAAUACAAUUACUUCCCUUUACAAAACACUCAGAGCUUCCUAUUAAAAAAGUAGUCAAUUUAGAUAUUUUUGAAAAAGUACAGUUGAAAACAGAAAUAGCUCUGGAUGAAAUAGAGGCUGCUUUACUUGGAAUAUUCUCCUGUCUUACAUACGACCCAAAUACCAAUUCAUAUGAGACAGACCACAUUCCAAAUCUACACGUAGGAAUAAAGAGUUUUUUUUCUAUGCCAGUUGACUGCAUUAGCUAUGUUUUAAACAGGGCAUGCGGGAUAAAUGUAAGACAAGAUAACAAUAAGCCCAUAAAAAAGGAUAGUUUUAAUAUGGCAAUAGGAAAGGAAGUAACACAUGAAAUUUACUGCCAGUGGAAAAAAAUAAUUAGAAAUAUAAUGAAAGAUAGAGAAAUAGGCAAAUACGAAAAUGAUCAAAAGAUUGCUGUGGGUGGCAUUAUUGAUUUGAUCUCCAUUGUUUUGGCGCUUGCAGGAAAAUCUAAAGAAGAAAUAAAGGAAAUGGUGGAAAUCUCAAUAUUAAGCAUAGCUAGUGUAAGUGGAGAAAAUAAUAUAAAUCCAUUUAGAAUCUUUAUAAGCUUAUUAGAGGAAAAAAUAUCAACUGUUCUUGCUUCUCUCUCAAGAAACUGCAUAGCAAGCAAAAACUUAGAUAAGUGGUACAAAAAUAACUCUUCAUUUGAAGAAGGAAGAGAGGUAUUUACGUUAUUUACCAUGCGUAAUAUAUAUGAAUGCAAUCAUAUUUUUGAUUUUUAUGGAAACUUAAAGAUCUAUUAUGCAUACAAAAGACAAGCACAGCCUAUGAUUAUUGAUUUGAGUUCCAAAAAAACCGCAGCCCUAGAGCUUGGCAGUCCCAUUAUAAAGCUAGAUAAAGGUAUAGAAGAGGAAGUAAGGUACUUAAAAAGAGAUAUAAUCAACAUGCAGAGACUUGCAUUUCCGUAUUUUAUCCUUUCUGAUUAUGCAGUGCAUAUAGAAUUAUACACACUAUGUGAUUAUAUAAUAAUUAAUUCUGGUUAUAUAAAGCUGGUCAAUAAGACAGCAUAUAGCACACUAGAUCUAAUUUAUCCAAAAGUCCAGCCAUUUCAAUAUGAAGUUGAAUAUACAACAGACAAACUCAAUAUUAUUAUAUUCAUGAUGUGGGAUCAUAGGUUUGCUCCAGUACACACCUACUAUAAUCUUCGUUAUAUAAACAAUAUACUAGCCAACCAGCAGGAGCCAAGUAUGGAAAUUCGAAAAUACUUAAUUAUUUGCAUAGGGUGCAGAGUAAAUAAUAUAAAAGAAAAUUUGUCUAAAGUGCAGGGCAUCAGAAAUGAAACAUGGGAAGUCCAUAGAUUAGUGUGCAUAAAAGACAUGGUAAAAAUCAUUAAUAAUCUACUUUUAGUUGGCUCGGAUUUAGAUGUUGCAAAUGCAAUAGUUACAUACGCUCAGAUACUUUGGUACGUAUACGAAAAAAAUGCAACUGAACUGCUUGAAAGGUUAUCCAGGGAAGGGAGAAAUAAAGCAAUUGAGUGCUUAAAGAAAUACUGCGAUAUUUCAGACAAAACCACAGCGUAA